GAGAUAUGGGAUUUGACUUAGCCUAAAUAUCGAUCCCAAAUUUAAAGGUGGUUUUUGCUCCUCCACACAUGGCUGUGGGGGAUCGCUGUGGGGGAUCGCACAAGUUCUACAAGGUCAUUUCCGAUGCCAUAGCCCUCGUCUGAAGCCAUCAGCUUUCCUAUCGUUCUUUCCUUUCUCUUCAAGCUUGAAGCUAUUUCAAGAUUUCCAGGUUAGCUAACAGGGGAAAUUGCUAGUAGCCGAUUUCCCUGGUUUCAUAGACAUGUUACCAAAAAAGGGUUUAGGCUCUCGCUGUUUCCCAGAGAUUCUCCAAGAAAACAACUUUCUCAGCUACCAAACAGGGCCUUAGAGUUUUAGAGAGAGAUUCGGAGCAGCUCUGCAAUGGGGAAUAAGAUCGCGCGCACCACGCAAGUGUCUGCCUCUGAGUAUUACCUUCAUGAUCUCCCCUCUUCUUAUAACCUGGUUUUGAAGGAGGUUUUGGGGAGAGGUCGGUUCUUCAAGUCAAUUCAGUGCAAGCACGAUGAGGGCCUGGUUCUCGUCAAGGUUUACUUUAAGAGAGGCGACCCACUUGAUCUCAAGGACUAUGAAAGAAGACUUCAUGAGAUUAGGGAAAUAUUUCGAAAUAUUGAGCACUCACAUGUUUGGCCUUUUCAGUAUUGGCUUGAGACAGAUAAAGCGGCAUAUCUUCUUCGCCAAUACUUCUUUAGUAAUCUUCAUGAUCGCCUUAGCACUCGACCGUUCCUGAGUUUGAUAGAGAAGAAAUGGCUUGCUUUCCAGCUACUUUAUGCAGUGAAGCAGAGCCACGACAAUGGAGUUUGUCAUGGUGAUAUUAAGUGUGAAAAUGUUUUGGUGACAUCUUGGAACUGGCUCUACCUUGCUGACUUUGCAUCCUUCAAGCCAACCUAUAUCCCAGAUGAUGAUCCAUCAGAUUUCUCAUUUUUCUUUGACACUGGGGGAAGGAGACGUUGUUAUCUUGCACCAGAGAGGUUCUAUGAACAUGGAGGCGAGAUGCAUGUUACUCCAGAUGCACCUUUAAGGCCUUCUAUGGACAUCUUUUCUUUGGGAUGUGUGAUUGCUGAGCUUUUCCUUGAAGGUCAGCCACUGUUUGAGUUAUCCCAGCUACUUGCCUAUCGGAGAGGACAAUAUGACCCAGCCCCAUACCUGGAAAAGAUAUCAGACUCUGGAAUUCGUAAAAUGAUUCUUCAUAUGAUCCAGUUAGAUUCAGGAUUGCGACUCUCUGCUGAUUCAUACUUGCAGAGCAAUGCAUCCUCUGUCUUCCCUAGUUACUUUUCACCGCUUCUUCAUAAUUUUUUCUCCUGCUUGAUUCCACUUGAUUCUGAUACGAGGGUUUUAGUGACACAGAGCUUUUAUGAUGAGAUACUUAAGAAGAUGAUGCACAGUUUGCCCAGUGGGGAGGUACUUUCUGAAUCAUUCAAAUCCGCGGAUCCAAAGAAUGAAAAUCAAGAUCAGAAACUGGUUUGUUUAGAUGGUAACUCAAGCAAGAAUGACGAAGCAGGGAAAAUAAACUUUGGAAAUUCUAAGAUUCAGUUGGUUGGUGAUGUCACUGCCCUUUUUCGAGAUAUAGAAAAAACUAGUCAUCAUUCUUAUGCCAAACCAACAUUUCAAAAGGUACCAGUUUCUGCCUCUGGUUCUGAUACAAAAAAGAACAACCCAUCUUUACAAAAAGCAGAACAAAAUAGCAAGCAUUCAUCAAUUAAGCUCCAUCCUACCAUUGCCAAUGAUUCUGUUAAGAAGAAUGCAUUCCCUGCUUUUGGGAAGAAGGUUGAGAGUAACCUAGCUUCUCUGAUGACCCAAUAUGAUAGUGAGUCUGAUACUCUUUGUGUGCCAUCUUUGUCCGACAAUCAAAAUGGGGUGGGCUGUGAUGUCAUGGUACUGAUUGCUUCAUUGCUUUGUUCAUGUCUCCGGAGUGUUAAACUGCCACAAUUGAGACGGGCAGCUGUUAUUCUUUUAAAGUCUUCUCAAAUAUAUAUUGAUGAUGAAGAUCGAUUGCAGCAUGUGCUGCCAUUUGUCAUAGCAAUGCUCUCAGACCCAGCAGCUAUUGUUCGGUGUGCUGCUCUCCAAACUUUGUGUGAUAUCUUGCCUUUAGUCCGUGAUUUUCCUCCUAGUGACGCAAAGAUUUUUCCAGAGUAUAUUCUACCUAUGCUCUCAAUGCUUCCUGAUGAUCCGGAGGAAAGUGUUCGAAUUUGUUAUGCCAGCAAUAUAUCCCAGAUUGCCAUAACUAGUUAUAGGUAUCUAAUGCAUUCUCAAAAGUUGGGUGAGGCAGGGGUGCUAGAUAAGCUAAGUUCUCCUCGAAAGGCUUCUGCUCCUGCAAUGAUCGAGUCAUCUGAACAUAUGAAAGAUAAGAGAAGUGAUGCACAACUUGGACAAUUGAGGAAGACUAUAGCAGAAGUUGUUCAAGAGCUAGUCAUGGGACCAAAGCAAACCCCAAACAUUCGAAGAGCACUCUUGCAGGGCAUUGGCUGGCUUUGUUGCUUUUUUGGUCAAAGGCAAAGUAAUGACUUACUUUUACCAAUUCUCCCUGCAUUCCUCAAUGAUCGCGAUGAACAGUUAAGGGCGGUUUUCUAUGAGCAGAUUGUGUUUGUGUGCUUCUUUGUGGGUCAAAGAAGUGUUGAGGAAUAUCUUCUUCCUUAUAUCGAGCAGGCUUUGAGUGAUGGGUUUGAAGCUGUGAUUGUUAAUGCAUUGCAAUGCUUGGCAUUACUUUGCAGGAGGAGAUUUUUGAGAAAGAGAAUUCUUCUUGAAAUGAUUGAGAGGGCUUCCCCACUUUUAUGUUAUCCAAGCGAGUGGGUUAGAAGGUCGGCCAUUAGUUUUGUUGCAGCAUGUAGUGAGUGUCUUGAAGAAGUGGACUCUUAUGUUUAUCUCCCUCCUCUGUUGCGCCCUUUCCUCCGAAGAGAUCCCUCAUCAUUGUCUUCAGAAGCUUCUUUGUCAUCAUGUCUAACGCCUCUGGUCUCUAAACGGGUAUUUCAACAGGUUAUAGAAAAUUCUAGAAAUCCUGACAUGCUUGAUCGGCAAAGGAAGAUUUGGUACCAUUCAGCUUCCUAUCCUAAGAGAGAUGAAGAUCCAAGUGCGUUGAGAAGCUGGGUGGGUAAGCAACCAGACCAACCAGGGAACCGGUCUUUUCUUACUACAACACGACAUGAAAUUGACAACACCUCAAAAAGUUACAUGCACAACACCUCAAAAAGUGCGGCCCACACCAUAGAGAAUCCUGUAAACUCUGAAAAUUUGCAGUUCUCAGGCUUGAGUGCUCCUCAUAUUAGUGGAGGGAACAGUGUCCUCUGUGAUGGGCCUUCUGAGGGGAUACCUCUGUAUUCCUUUUUUGUCGACAAGAGGCCCGAUGUGGGGCCCACAACCACUUCAUCUCAAUGGGGAUCAGUAGGAGUUGGCUCAUCAUCAUCCAUGAUGAGUAAAUCCAUCAUCAGCUUGGCGAGUUCUACUGCCCCAAAACAUGCUUUGGGCUCAUUCUUUAAUGUCAACAACGGCAACAAACAAGUCUAUAAAGUGGUGAGAGAAGGAGAGGGCAGGGAGGCAGACCAGGCUUCCCAUCUAGCUGGGAAAAUCAAAGAUAUAAGCAUUUCAGGCAUGCUUAGAGGUGCCAGCUCAUCGUCACUUGCAUUAUCAGAUGAAGCAAUAGGCCCCGCCUCUUUUGCACGAGCCCAAUCGGUUGCCGACAUCUGGCGGCCUCGUGGCGUCCUUGUGGCCCAUCUCCAAGAGCAUCACUUGGCUGUUAAUGAUAUUGCUGUAUCGAGUGAUCAUAGCUUCUUUGUGAGUGCAUCAGAUGAUUCGACUGUAAAGGUAUGGGAUACACGAAAGCUCGAAAAGGAUAUCUCCUUUAGGUCGAGGCUCACUUACCCACUAGAUGGCAGUCGUGGCUUGUGUGUGACUAUGGUGCGUGGUGGUCCACAAGUUGCCGUUUCAGCAAGUGAUGGUACCAUUCGGGUCUUCUCUGUUGAUUAUGUGUCUCGAGGAUCGGGGAGUAUUGAGAGGUAUUUGGGUAUCUCAGAUGUGGACAAGAGGAAUUCAGGUGAAGGGGCUGUCUCAAGUCUCUUGGAUUUCACCAUGGACCAUAGUAGUGGUCCCAUGCUAUUAUACAGCACUCGGGGGUGUGGGGUUCAUCUAUGGGAUUUGAGAGAUAAUUCCAAUGCUUGGACCUUGCAGGCGGUUCCUGAACAAGGUCAUAUCUCUUCAGUUGUGACUGGGCCGUGUGGGACUUGGUUUGUUUCGGGUUCAUCUAGAGGGGUACUUACUCUGUGGGACUUGAGGUUUCUUAUACCUGUAAAUUCAUGGGAAUACCCUAUUUCUUGUCCUGUGGAGAAAAUGUGUCUUCUUAUCCUCCCUUCGGGUGCUUCAUUGUCUAGUAUGGCAAGGCCAUUGGUGUAUGUUGCGGCUGGUUGUAAUGAGGUUGCUCUUUGGAAUGCGGAGAAUGGGAGCUGCCACGAGGUGUUUCGGCUGGCAAACAACGAAGGCCACACCGAAAUGGCUGAUAUCCCUUGGGCUCUGGCCAGGCCUUCUAGCAAGGCCACUUCUAAACUUGACGCCAAACGCAAUGUGAACCCAAAAUAUAGAGUCAACGAACUGAACGAACCUCCCCCUCGUCUUCCUGGGAUCCGUUCCUUGCUGCCUUUAUCGGGUGGAGACUUAUUGACAGGUGGGACUGACUUCAGGAUUCGCCGUUGGGACCAUUGCAGUCCGGAUCGAAGUUACUGUGUCUGCGGCCCCACAACAAGUAGGAGCACAGGUUGUGAUGAAUAUUAUGACACGAGAUCUAGUUUCGGUGUUCAAGUUGUGCAGGAGACGAGCAAGCGCCCUUCUGCGACCAAGUUGACAUCAAAAGCUCUCCUUACUGCUGCUGCCACCGAUACAGCCGGGUGUCAUCGAGACUCCAUUCUCUCCCUAGCUUCAGUUAAGUUAAACCAGAGGCUCUUGAUAUCAAGCAGUAGAGAUGGUGCUAUCAAGGUCUGGAAGUAGCAAGCAUCACUGAUUAUGAACCCAUUACUAAGGUUAAUUAAUUGUACAUAUUAAUUCAGGAAGGUCCACAUGAUCAAAAUGUAAGUAUCUCGUCCUUUAUCGUGUAUAUAUGCAUUUAAGAAAGCAAAUUUUGCUUUGUAUAUUUAUGAUGUGGGACUUGUGAAAUUCUCAGAUGAAAAUUAGUGGUUUGACCUUUUCUCCGACUGUCUGGAGAAAUUUCCAUAAUUAGCUAGGAACAUACAAUUGCUUUUA